ACGGCUGGGUGUAAGCACGGCGUCCAGAGGCACACAAAGACAGACCGACAGAAAGGUGUCUGGGAACAGCAGUGACUGAGUGGGCCAGACGGAUCAUUUUUCCUGGGUUGGCAGAUUAUGCAACAUGGCUAAGGGCACCGCGAGCGUGAGGGAGAGGCCCGACAGAAAAGCUUUUGUCAGCAGCAUCUCCAUCGGGCGUCCCCACCCCCAUCCUCGCCCCACCGGUCCGCCAUCAACCGCGGCACACCCGGCCUGAGCCCGCCCCUCGGCACGCCCUCCGAGGCCUCGCUUCAGGCGGCUACUUCUCUGCUCUUUUUCAGUCGCUACUCCCCUUACGAGCCCACCCGAAAAAAGGUGCGACUGCCCAGACGUGAGAACAAACAAGCUUUUUUUUCCUCUGGCCUGAAGAGAUCCAACGUGGCCGAUAACUCCGAGCCGGAAGCGGAAGUGACGUCAUGCCAACUGCCCCCCCCCUUUUCUCGGGGCUCCGAGACCUUCUCGGCGCUUGUCCGGGUGCUCUCCACUCUGCUCCGGGAGGAUUCGGUGAGCGGGUGCGGGGUCCGGCACCGGGAGGGAGAAGACUAGAAAGAAUAGACUUUCCGCCAUUGGCAUCACAUUGAGACGCUGCAUCUUCCGAUCUCGGACGGGGCGAUUCUGUCUGCUGCAGCCGAGCUCUGGCCAAAAGGCCUUCUUUCAAGAGAGCCUAUCUACAUCUAUGAAGAAAACACAGAGGUAGAAGGGACAGUGACUGACAACCAGGCAAACUGUUACCAGGAUUCAGUGACCUUCGAUGAUGUGGCUGUGGAAUUUACCCAAGAUGAGUGGACUUUACUGGACCUGACUCAGAGAAAUCUAUACAGAGAGGUGAUGCUGGAGAACUACGAAAAUUUGACCUCAGUAGGAUGUCAGUUCUUCAUUCCUAGUCCGACCCCCUGGUUAAAACAAGAAGAAGAGUUGGAGACGGUGGAAAUUACAGUUCCUCAACAGUUGGAAUUACAACCUGAUGAUUCAGAGCUUCCGAAUUAUUUUAAGAUGCCAAGUUCCAGUGCAAUAGAAAUGGUAGAUGAUUCAUCCCUUCCUCAACAGUCAGGAAACCACAGUGAAGGGAACUUGUGUGACUCUAAGCCAUGUGGAGAAGUGUUGGGUGAACAAUUAUGCCUUAACCCAGAGGUCAGCAUGCAGAGCCAAGGAUACAGUUCUGAGUGUAACUGGUAUGGGAAAGACAUUCUUUCUUUGCUCAAGGAAACCUCUACUGGACAGAACAUUUCUGAGCUUAAUCAGUGUGGAAAAAUCUUCAGUCUGACGCCAAACAUCAUAUACCCGAGCACUAGUACAAAUGAGAAACCCUUUGAAUGCGCAGACUAUGAGACAGUCUUUUUUAAUCAGUCAUACUUUCAGGCAGAUAUGAGGCCUCAGAAUGGAGGAGAACCAUUUGACUGGAAUAAAUAUGGGAAUGGUUUUAUUCAUCCCACAAGCUUUGCUAUGCAUCUUCCAAUUCUCAAUGCAAGAACCCCCUACAAAUUUGAGGAAUGUGGAAAGGAUUUUCAAUAUUUUGCAUGCCUUAAUAAUCCCAUGGGAAUGUGCACUGGAGAAAAAUUCUGUGACUGCAAGGAAUGUUGGAAAGCCUUCACGGUUUCCUCACACCUAACUCAAUAUGUCUCAAUACAUACUGAAGAAAAAUCCAAAGUGUGUAAGAUAUGUGGGAAGUCCUUUGCUAAUUUUUCUCGACUUUCUGCACAUGUAAAAACUCAUAAUGAAGAAAAGCCCUUUGUAUGCAAGGAGUGUGGAAAGGCUUUUAAAAAUAUGUCAUACCUUAAUGAUCACGUUAGAAUUCACACUGGAAUAAAAUCAUACAAAUGUAUGGAAUGUGGGAAAGCCUUCCUUCGAUGGUCAGGCCUUACUGAACACAUAAGAGUUCACACUGGGGAAAAGCCUUACGAGUGUAAGGAGUGUGGAAAAACCUUUUCUAGAUCUACUCAGCUUACUGAACAUAUACGAACACACACUGGAAUCAAACCUUAUGAAUGUAAGGAGUGUGGGAAAGCCUUCACUCAGUACUCGGGCCUUGCCACACAUGUACGAAUUCAUAGUGGAGAGAAGCCCUUUGAAUGUAAGGAGUGUGGGAAGGCCUUUACCAGGACCUCUGGCCUGAUUCAUCAUGUGAGAACUCACACAGGAGAGAAGCCUUUUGAAUGUGUCCAUUGUGGGAAAACCUUCAUAACUUCCUCCCAUCGCACAAAACAUCUGAAAAUUCACAGUGGCGAAAAGCCCUUUGUGUGUAAUGUAUGUGGGAAAGCGUUCAUAUAUUCCACAUCCCUUAACAUUCACAUGCGAACCCACACUGGAGAGAAGCCCUAUAUAUGUAAGCAGUGUGGGAAAGCAUUUGCUGUUUACUCACGUCUAAGGAAACAUAGCAGAGUUCACACUGAAGAGAAGCCCUAUCAAUGUGAGGGUGUGAGUGUUGCUAUUUAGCCCAUCUGUUGCCACCUUUAAAUACUGACAGUGACACCAAAGAUCAUCAAGUUAGUCUUAGCUGCUUUGUGUGGGUUAUAAUGGCUCACACUGACCUUAGACACUAUCCUAUUUUUAUGAAAAUAGGAUUAUUUAGGUGCCCCCUCAAACUUUUCUUCUUUUGGGCAGUUUUGAGGAUUGACCUAGAAUAUUACACAUGCUAGGCAAGCACUCAAUCACUGAGCUACAUCCCUGGAACCUUUUCAUGAAUAUCUGAAUCUGAGUAUUUGUGGGUCAUAAAUGAGGCCAGUAUACAAGAUGACCUCAUUCUGAUGCUUGACUCUUAGUGAUUAUAACAUUUCUAAAUGCUAUGAAAUAAUGAAACAGAUUUGAUCCUUUUGUGGGUUAGUGGCUGUCAGUGUGUCUUUUUAAUGUGAAAAUUCACAAGCCAAGGUAAUAUUAUAGGACAAGUGUGUAAUGUGGAAAGACACAAUCCAGGCAACUACCCUGACCCCACUGAGUCCAAUAAGCAUACCAAGAAAUAGUCCUUAUCCGUUCUUAGUAACCAGUCCAUUUACAGAUAUUAUUCCUGUGUUCCUU